GGACACACACUAACACAGUGAGACCCAUCUUGAACAGAAACAAGAUAGAGAUAGAGCUCUGCAACUCCAUUGUUUGACACCAAAAAAGAAGCAAACUUUUUAUACAAGUGGACUUGGAAAAAUUCCCAAUUGAUAAAGAAGCAAACUUUACUCACUAUUUGGUUUGGCAAAGAGGAUAGAGCUUAUAGCUUUCUUCCAAACCAACUUUCCCACUACACAUUUUGCUUGGAAGCUCAAAAAUGGCUCUCCUCCCCCUUUUCACACUCUUCCUCACACUGCUCCUCCUUCCAUUCAACUCUCUCUCUCAGCCCUCACCAACCACUCUCUCUGUUCUCAUGGCCAUCAAAUCCUCACUAGACCCUCAAGGCCUCAUUCUGUCAUCAUGGUCACCCAAUGCUACCGACCCAUGCAAUGCAUCUUUUGUAGGGCUUGCCUGCAAUGAGUAUGGUGAAGUUGUCAACAUCACCUUGCAAGGAAGAGGGCUGUCUGGAAAAAUCCCACCUGAGAUUGGCCAACUCAAGAGCUUGAGUGGCUUGUACCUGCACUUCAACAAGCUUCAUGGGGUUGUACCUGCUGAGCUUGCUAACUUGACCAACCUCUCAGAUCUGUACCUCAAUGUCAAUAAUCUCUUUGGUGACAUUCCUCCUCAGAUUGGUGACAUGCCUAAUCUUCAAGUGUUGCAGCUCUGUUAUAACAAUUUAACGGGAAAUAUUCCCACACAGCUUGGCUCUCUGAAGAAACUUAGUGUUCUUGCUCUACAGUCCAACCAGUUAAGUGGUGCAAUCCCUGCCAGUUUGGGGAAUUUGAUGAUGUUAAAUAGGUUGGACUUGAGCUUCAAUCGUCUCUUUGGAUCGAUUCCAGUGAAAUUGGCUGUUCUACCAUUGCUCAAAGUUCUUGACAUUCGAAACAAUACUCUCUCCGGCAAUGUACCUCUAGAAUUGAAGAGACUGGAUGAAGGUUUCCAGUAUGCAAACAAUGCAGAACUGUGUGGGAUCACUUUUCCUUCUCUUGGAAUCUGCAGUGCUUCUGCUCAAGAUACCAAUAGUCCGAAGCCUUUUGGAGCUGCCACGAGUCAUCUGCCUGCGAAAGACAUUCCAGAAUCGGCCAAUGUCCAGCACAAUGGAGGGCAACAGUCAAGGAAAUCUCAAUCUGCAGCUGUAGUUGGAUUGGUUUGUCUCAUUGUUGCCGUGACUGUGGCAGGGCUGUUCUCAUUUUCAUGGUAUCGCAGGCAGAAGCAGAGAAUCGGGAGUGCAUUUGAUUCUAAUGAUGCUCGUUUGAGCACUGACCAGACAAAGGAGGCUUGCAGGAGAAGUGCCUCGCCUCUCAUCAGCCUGGAGUACUCAAACGGUUGGGAUCCUCUAGCUAAGCGCCAAGAUGUGAGCAGUUUUUCACAGGAGGUGCUCGAGAGCUAUAUGUUCAACUUGGAUGAAGUUGAGUCCGCGACACAGUACUUCUCGGAGAUGAACCUGUUGGGGAAGAGCAGCUUCUCAGCCAUCUACAAGGGGACACUGAGGGAUGGAUCCACAGUUGCAAUCAAGUGUAUCUCGAAGAUAAGCUGCAAGUCUGAUGAAGCCGACUUUCUCAAAGGACUGAAGCUGCUCACCUCUUUGAAACAUGAGAACCUCUUGAGGUUGAGAGGCUUCUGCUGCUCCAAGGGCAGAGGAGAGUGCUUCCUCGUGUAUGACUUCGUCUCGAAUGGGAACUUGCUGCAUUACCUUGAUGCAAGUGCAGGGAAAGCUCUUGACUGGCCAACCAGGAAAUACAUAAUCAAAGGAAUUGCCAAAGGCAUCGAGUACUUGCACAAGAGCCAGAGUAGCAAACCUACAUUGGUGCACAGCAACAUAUCAGCUGAGAAGGUGCUGAUCGACCAACACUACAACCCGUUACUCUCGGACUCUGGCAUUCACAAGCUGUUAGCAGACGACAUUGUGUUCUCGACUCUAAAGGGUAGUGCUGCAAUGGGGUAUCUUGCUCCAGAAUACACCACUACGGGGCGGUUCACUGAGAAGAGUGACGUAUAUGCCUUUGGGAUGAUCAUAUUCCAAAUUCUGUCCGGAAAAAGUAGAAUCACGCAGCUGAACUGCCAUGGAGCAGAGAUCUCAAGAUUUGAAGACUUCAUCGAUGCAAAUCUCGCAGGGAAGUUUAAAGAGUCCGAGGCGGCCAGGCUUGGGGAAGUCGCUCUUCUCUGCACUCACGAAUCUCCCAACCAAAGGCCCGACAUUGGAGCCGUGAUGCAAGAGCUAAACAACAUCCCUUCGAGCUCUUGCUGACCGACCUAGUAAUCUACUAAUUUCGACUCAGCGGCUGAGUCUGCAACUGCUUGUGUUGUGUCUCACAUGAGAUGUAUGAUAUCUAAGCAAAAUUAGUUACUUGCAUCACUGAUCUUACUUUUUUACUUAUCUUACUCUUGUAAGAUUAGCUAAUGCAAAGAUUAUUCUGCAGUUAGUUGCUUCCUAAUUGUGAAUCAGAUAUCAUCAUAAGUCUAAUUUUGAUUCAAGUUGCAA